AUGAGUGGCAAAGUUGUGAAGAAAGUGCGCAAUGGUUCUGGGAAGAACUCGGAGCUCAAGUCUUUAGUUGAAAAGGUCAAACAGCACACUGCAGCCGACAGGAAAGAGACAGAUAAUCAAGACGAUGAGGAGCCAUCUGCCGAAGGCCAGUCAUCAGAGGACGAGUUAUUAGAUGAUGAAGAACCCAAACAGGAAGAAGACGACGAUGGGCAGCUUUUCCAAUCGUUUUCAGAUUUGAAUCUUGUUCCUGAACUAAUUGAGGCCUGCGAAAACUUGAAGUACGCUAAACCAACGCCCAUUCAGGCCAAAGCCAUUCCUCCGGCAUUAGAAGGCAGUGACAUUAUUGGACUCGCGCAAACUGGGUCUGGUAAAACGGCAGCAUUUGCAAUUCCGAUCUUAAACAAAUUAUGGCACGAGCAGCAGCCCUAUUUUGCAUGUGUGCUUGCUCCUACGAGAGAAUUGGCACAACAGAUCAAAGAGACAUUUGACUCCCUUGGAAGCAGUAUGGGCGCGCGCUCGACUUGCAUUGUUGGUGGUAUGAACAUGAUUGACCAAGCCAGAGAUUUGAUGCGCAGGCCGCAUAUUAUCAUCGCCACACCGGGCAGACUCAUGGACCAUCUUGAAAACACCAAAGGGUUUUCUCUCCGGAAACUAAAAUUUCUGGUAAUGGAUGAAGCCGACAGAUUGCUUGACAUGGAGUUUGGUCCCGUUCUGGACAAAAUCUUGAAAGUAAUUCCUACGCAGGGAAGAACGACAUACCUAUUUUCGGCUACCAUGACUUCCAAAAUAGACAAAUUACAAAGAGCGAGUUUGACGAAUCCCGUCAAGUGUGCCGUUUCUACAAAAUACCAAACCGUCGAUACUUUGGUUCAAACGCUCAUGGUGGUUCCAGGGGGUCUGAAAAACACUUACUUGAUCUACCUCUUGAACGAGUUUAUUGGGAAGACUAUCAUAGUAUUCACACGUACAAAGGCAAAUGCGGAGAGGCUUUCGACCCUUUGUAACUUGCUCGAAUUCAGCGCCACCGCUUUGCACGGUGACCUGAACCAAAAUCAAAGAACAGGUGCCCUGGACUUGUUCAAGGCCGGUAGAAGAUCCAUCUUAGUUGCAACAGACGUUGCGGCGAGAGGUUUGGAUAUCCCCUCGGUGGAUAUUGUGAUUAACUACGACAUCCCUGUUGACUCGAAAUCAUAUAUCCACAGAGUAGGGAGAACCGCAAGAGCUGGGCGGUCCGGAAAAUCUAUUUCGCUUGUUUCGCAAUACGACCUAGAAUUAAUUCUGAGAAUUGAAGAUGUGCUGGGCCGUAAGCUGCCGAAGGAAAACGUCGACAAAGGUCUGGUGUUAUCUCUAAGGGACACUGUGGACAAAGCAAAUGGUGAGGUCGUAAUUGAGCUUAAUAGAAGGAAUAAAGAGAAGAUCGCCAGAGGCAAAGGAAGAAGAGGAAGAAUGGCUUUUAAAGAAAACAUGGAUCGUGAAGAACAAUAA